AUGGCAAGCAAAAAGCGUGAAGUCCAGCUACAGUCAGUCGUCAAUAGUCAGAACCUGUGGGAUGAGAUGUUACUGAACAAAGGCUUAACAGUGAUUGAUGUUUACCAAGCCUGGUGUGGACCCUGCAAAGCCGUGCAAGCUUUAUUCAGAAAACUAAAAAAUGAACUGAAUGAAGAUGAGAUUCUUCAUUUCGUCGUUGCUGAAGCUGACAACAUUGUGACUCUGCAGCCAUUUAGAGAUAAAUGUGAGCCUGUGUUCCUCUUUAGUCUCAAUGGUAAAAUUGUUGCGAAGAUUCAGGGUGCAAAUGCACCACUUAUCAAUAGAAAAGUCAUAAGCUUGAUAGAUGAAGAGAGGAAAGUUGUAGCAGGUGAAUUGACUCGUCCUCAGUAUGUUGAAAUUCCACUAGUAGAUUCAACCGAUGAAGAAUAUGGGGAUGUACAGUAUGAAAGUACUGUGGAAGUUUACAAUAUGGCAAUUAUCAAACCUGAUGAUGUACUCUUGAGAAAAAAUGUAGAAGUUAAAGAAAAAAUAACCAAAGAGGGAUUUGUCGUAGAAAUACAGGAAAACAUGAUUCUCCCCGAAGAUGUAGUGAGGGAAUUCUACAUUCAUAUAGCAGAGCAGCCUGACUUUGAAGAGUUUGUAUUUUCUAUGACAAACGGCCUAAGCUGCGUGCUCAUUAUAUCGCAAGGAGACGACUCAGAGGUUAUUCAGGAAGAAACUCUCCCUCCUGCUGAUACAGAAGAAGAAGAACAUGACAAUUUGGAAGAGCCUCGUGUUAGGUUUGCACCUGUGCUGAUAAAGAAGAAACGGGACAGUUUGCAAGAGUAUAUGGACCGACAGCAUCUGUCUGAUUACUGCGAUGUUGAGGACGAUGUGGUUAAGGUUUCUAAGUUCAUUGACGUGUUAUUCCCUGAUUUUAAAACCAUGAAAAGCAUGAAUGUACAAAGAACGCUAGCAUUACUGCAUCCAGAUAUCUGUGAGGAAGAGAAAGAUGACGUGUUGAACGUUAUUCAAAAUGAAGGGUUCAUCAUACUGAUGCAGAGGCAAAUAAUAUUAUCAGAGGGAGAAGCAAAAACAGUGUGCAAGAUCUAUGAGAACGAAGAGUAUUUUGAUAAUCUGAUAGGACACAUGAGCAGUAAUCACUCUUAUGUACUUGCAUUACUGAGGGAAAAUGGUGUGGAAUAUUGGAAAGAGUUAAUUGGGCCAAAAACUAUUGAAGAAGCUUAUGCAUCUCAUCCACAGAGUUUAUGUGUACAGUUUGCUUCAGGAAAUUUUCCUAUCAACCAGUUCUAUGGGAGCAGUUCAAAAGCAGCAGCUGAGAAGGAAAUAGAGCAUUUCUUUCCUCCUCAGAGGACGCUGGCAUUGAUCAAGCCUCAUGUGACACAUGGAGAAAGAAUUCACAGAAGCUCAAGGAGGUAA